UUAUCGCCAGUCGAACGCGGCGCGUUUUCAUAGUGCAUCGCCUUCAGUUCUUGAUUAUUUUCUAUCAAAAUUAUUUGCAUAUUUCGGAACGCCUCAACUUUAUCGACAUCUGUCAAAAGUGCGAUAUUCAUGGGCGAUCGUGAAUUGUGUAUUUUGUGUGUAUUUAUUUACGAAACUCAUGUGAUAAAGUGUUAAUUUCUGUUUUCUUGAUAGAAUAUAAACUAAAGCAUACAAUGCCAGGAAUUCGGUGUGUUUUGGUGUUGUGUAUCUAGUGCUUAUGUUCUGUUUUUGUGGAUCACAGUACUAUUGGAUUUAAAAAUACUCAUAGCUCGCAGCCGCCAUGUUCAACUUCAUGAAGAAGUCGGCGGUGCUGGCCGGCGACCCCGGCUGCGAGGACACCGCCGACAAGGAGAAGCGGAAGAGAGAGAAGAAGGAGAGGAAGGAGAGAGAGAAGCGGGAGAGACUCGCCGCCGGCCUGGAGGAGCCGCUGCGGCUUGAGGAGGUCCGGCGGUCGCUGAAGCUGCGGGGCCGACGCAAGGAAAAGGAGAAGCUUCCUUCAGGCAUCACGGCCGACUACACGGCGUCCCUGUUCGCGCACCUCGAGCACGACUCCUACUCGUUGCUCCCUACCUCCGGCUCCAACUCCAACCUCAGCGACGACAACCAUCUCUCCCUGAGCUACCCCGCACCCGUGUGGAGGGAGAAGAAGGAGGGCGUCCUCCAAUCAGACAGCUCAGAAACAAGCCUGAACUCCUUGAACAACCCCAACGCCAACACAAGCCCACGCCAGCUCCCUAACCUGCCCCCUAUACCGCCACGACCACCUAAACGAGGCAUCUUAAAAGGACCCCGGCUGAGCAACACCAGUUCCAACUCCACAGAAAUCAAUUUGCAGAGUAACGACACAGUGGACUACGUCAACGGACAAGACCCCAAUGUACUGGCCAGGAAUACCCAACAGAACGAACUCAUGUCGUACGGCAUCCCAACGUCUAAGAGUACCUCCUCUAGUGACGAUAUGCAGCUGCUGCAGAACUUCACCAAGAAGGUGAUACACAGUCCAGUCGAGGGGCAGUACAAUAACAAGAACACCGCGAAUACCCCGUCGAUAGUGACCCAGGAUGUGGACGAAGCGCCCAAGACGAAUGGCAACAGCUACCACGUGACGUCUACGUCUCCCAGCGCAGACUCCCUGACGGAUACCACCACUAACUCUUCGUUUGCCACGCCGCCGUUCUCUACGUCCCCGGUUGGAGAGUCCCAGGGCUUCCACCGCUGGUCGCGGACGAGCACCUUUGAUGAUGUGUACCUGCCUCUGCCGGAGCUGACUCCGCUGCGGCUGCCGAAGCCGAGAGUACUGACUAUUCAGAGGCAGAAGGCGCCGAGGAACGACUUCGGCUUCAGCCUCCGCCGCGCUGUCAUCCAGGAGCGAGUGUUCAUUGGCGAACAGAACGGUCACUCGGAAGCCAACGGAUUGACCAAUGGGAAUUCUUUGAAACACAACGGGACCAAUGGGGUGUCGAGUAAGGUGACGUACAAAGCGGUGAUAUUGGCCGAGCCGGGCUCGUACCCUGGUUCAAGUGAGAUGGGUCUGCUGCCUGGUGACCGCCUGCUCGAGGUGAACGGCGUCAGCGUCGAAGACAAGAACAGAGAGGAGGUCAUCGAACUCAUCAAGAGCAGCCAAGACUUCGUUACAAUAAAGGUGCAACCAAUAGCGGAGCUCUGCGAGCUGUCUCGACGGAGGGCGGCAGACGGUGGCGGUGAUGUGGACCUGGACGACAGCAACGUGAGAGCUGGUACCCUCAGCCGCAGCGGCAGCCGCCGGUUCACCAGCACGCAGGCCAAAUCUGAAGAGCAGCUAGCAUGCGAGAAGGAGUGGCUGAGCGCGGGCCACAUGUGGCUGGCCCACCGCGGCGGCUUCACGGCGGUGGCCCGGCUGGAGGACGCCGAUCCCGGGAGGGCCAAGGUCAAGGUCGUGCAGACCGGAGAGGAGAUCACGGUGGACGAGGAUGACUUGGAGAAGGCCAACCCGCUGCAGCUAGACCGCUGCGAGGACAUAGCCUCGCUGCGCUGCCUGAACGAGUGCGGCGCUCUUCACGUCCUCAGGUCCCGGUAUGCCGCGGGCCUGCCGCACGUGCGCGCCGGCCAUGCGCUCCUGGUACUCGGGCCGCCGAAGAGGACCGCGCCUAUUUAUACUGACAAGGUGGCAGCCAUGUUCCGAGGCUGCCGUGCAGAUGACAUGCCGCCGCACAUCUUCGCGGCUGCGCAGGCGGCACACCGCUGCAUGUUGGCGGCGAGGCGGGACCGGGCUAUUGUGUUCCUUGGAAGAUCCGGAUCAGGCAAGACCUCAGCCAUGCGUCACUGCGUGUGGUACCUGGCCACGGCGUACCCGGCCCCGGCCACCAAGCUGACGGCUGAGCGACUGGAUGCGGCUUUUGACGUGCUACAUGCUUUUGGGAGCUGUCGCUCAACGUCAAACCAGCACGCGUCUCGCUUCGUCUCGCUAACAUCUCUUGACUUCGACGGCGGCGGCGCGCUGGUCUCCGCCUCCGUGCAGACCCUGCUGCCGGACCUGAAGCCCGCCUCGGCGCCCAUCAGGGCUCUUCAUAACCUCCUCCACGGCUGCGACGGCCGCCUGCGUCGCGACCUCUUCCUUGACCAGGCGCCCAUAAGCACGACGAACCCCUACGUAUCAGCGCAAGACAAGGUGGACGCUCCAACUGAGUUCACGGCCCUUAAGGAAGCCCUCAAGAGUCUGGGAGUGACGGAGCAGGAACAGAUGGCUCUGUGGAAGAUAUUGGCGGCUAUAUGCCAUUUGGGCUGGGCUGGGGUCGCUAAAGUAACAACCGGCCCCGUCGUAAAAUACCAGUUCGCGGUACCGAGCAGCGCGGAGCGGGCGGCGCGGCUGCUGGCGGUGCCGGCGGAGGAGCUGGCCCGCAGCGCGCUGCCGCUCGAGCCGCAGCCCGCGCCGCCGCCCAGGGCCAACUUCAGAACGCCGUCCCCGUGCCACGAGCGCGAGGUGUCGGGCUCGGAGGCGCUGGACGCGUUCGUGGCCGGACUCUACAACGAGGCCUUCAACAUCGUCGCCGCACUCAUUAACAGAUCGCUAUCAACAUCGGCGCGAACAUCAGCGUCUAUCCUUCUACUAGACAGCCCAGGAGCAGACAACCCGAUGUGCGCGGGGCAGCAGAGCGGAGCGCCACUGUCAAAACUACUGGCUAAUUACUUGCAGGAACGGCUCCAAGCGGUCUUCCACGACGCUAUGCUGGUGGCGCCGCGAGACAGAUACGCUGCCGAGGGCAUCGCGCUCGACGACGGCGCUGAUGAAGACUGGGUAUCAGACUCAGCGCAGCCGGGCGCCAUGGCGGAGCUGCUGGACAAGGCGCCGCAGAGCGCGCUCGUGCGCAGUGAGCAGACCGACGCGCGCGACGCCCCCCGCGGCCUGCUGUGGCUCCUAGACGAAGAGUCCAUGUACCCGGGCGCCUCCGACGACUCGUUCCUAGAGCGGGCGCUGGCGCACUACGCGGCGCCGCGGCCCACGCACCACCUCAUCAAGAAGGCGCCUCAUCAGACGCAGUUCAUACUCCAGCAUCUGCAGGGUACGAAUCCAGUGCUGUAUGACGUCACAGGCUGGUUGAAGGCCAGUCGAGAGAACCCAGUCACUAAGAAAGCUAUCACAUUACUGCAAGAAAGCCAAAAUGAAGAGAUAACCCACCUAUCAUCAUGGGCGCGCGGCGCGUGCGGCGUGGGCGCCUGGUCUGCGGCCGUGGGCGAUGCCGGCACGCUGCGACGAGCCUCGUCCAUACGACGGACGUUGACUUCUGGCACAGCCGGCAUGAAGCGUCGUUCAACGGCACUGCAAGCUAAAUUCGUAGCGGACGGUAUAGUGGACACCCUCCGACGGUGCGGGGCCGGCGGCGUGCAGUUUGUGUGCUGCUUGUUGACCAACCACCCGACAGAUGGCAGUGACUCGAUAAACAUGCCGCUUCUAAGGUCUCAGUUCCGUGGUUUCCAACUCCUGGAUGCGGCGAGGCUGUACAAACAGGGCUUCCCUGAACACAUGCCGCUAUCUGAAUUCGCUAGAAGGUACCGCCUCCUAGCGCACUCCGAAGACGAGUCACCCGAAGGCCCCGCCCCGGCGCUGUCUGAGAGGCAGGUGGUGGACGACAUGCUGCUGUCUCUAGACCUGGACGUGACCAGCUACCGACUGGGACUCACUCAGAUCAUGUUCCGCGGCGGCGUGGUGGGCGGGCUGGACGCGCGGCGCGACGCCGCCCUCGCUCGCGUGCUGGUCCGCAUGCAGGCGCGGGCGCGCGGGCUGCUGGCGCGGCGGCGCGCGCUGCGCCUGCGCACGCAGCACACGGCCGCGCGCUGCGUGCAACGGAACGUGCGCGCCUUCCUCGCUGUGCGCGACUGGCCGUGGUGGCGGCUGCUCGUGCGGGUCACCCCGCUGCUGGCGGUGCACCGGACUGAGCAUCGGCUUAAGCAGGCGCAGGAGGAGCUGGAAACACUGCGAGUCAAACUGGAGAAGGUGGAGAACGAGCGCACCCUUUAUAAGAACAACAAUGAGAGACUCGAGACUAAGCUAUCAGAAGUCGGCGGCGAGCUGGCGGAGGAGCGCGCGGCGGCGUCCCACGCCACGGAGCGCGCCGACGCUGAGGCGGCCGAGAGGCUGCGCGUCGAGCGAGACAACCGGGACCUGGUGUCCAACAACCAGAGGCUGCAGCAGGCCUCCGAGCGCCUCGAGCUCGAGCUCCUCCACUGGCGUUCCUCCGAAGGCACGGCGGAACCCUCCGACUCCGAGGGUUCUGAAGGCGAGCCCUCCGGAGACAAGUACCGGCGGCGCUGCGAGCGCGCCACGCGGGAGCUGCAGCUGCUGCGCGCGCAGCUGCGGCGGCAGCACGAGGACGACCUGGAGCAGCUGGUGGCCGUCAAGAAACAGCUGGAGAAAAAGGUGCAAGAUGCGUACGAGGAGGUGGAGGAGCAGCGAGCCGUGGCCGCGCAGUGGAAGCGCAAGCUGCAGAAGCUCACGAACGACAUGGCCGACCUGCGCUCAUUGCUAGAUGAACAGACAUGCCGCAACAACCUACUAGAGAAGCGCCAGCGCAAGUUCGACGCAGAACUGCACGCGGCUCAAGAAGAGCUGAAGAGGGAGAGGGUUGCUAAGGAACGCCUGUCGCGCGAGCGAGACCAAGCACACGCCGAGAAGUACGCCGUCGAACAGAGCUUGACUGAAGCCCGUCUAGAGCUCGACAUGAAGGAAGAAAGGCUAGCAGCAGCUACCAGGGAGCUAGAAGAGCGAGGCGGUGGCGGCGACGAGCUAGCCGCUCUGAGGAGACAGCGGACGGACCUGGAGAGACGCGUGCGCGACCAAGAGGAGGAGCUGGACGACCUGGCUGGACAGAUACAGCUUCUAGAAAGCUCGAAGCUUCGCCUGGAGAUGCUGCUGGAGCAGCAGCGCAAGGAGGCGCGGCUGGAGGCGGCCGCCAGGGACGACGAGAUGGAGGAGACAAGGGCCAAUGCCGCUAAGAAACUUAAAAUGCUAGAAAGCCAGCUGGAGAGCGAGCACAACGAGCGCAGCCUGCUGGUUCGCGAGCGGCACGAGCUCGAGCGCCGUUUACACGCGCUAGAGGACGCCGCGAGACACGACGCCUCGCUGCAGGCCGCCGCCCAGCACGCGCUCAAGAGGGACCUGAAGCGGUACCGCGCGCUGCUUCGCGACGCGCAGACCAUGCUGGAGCAGAAGGAGAAGGAGGGAGGGGGCAAGCCGCAGAUACGACAACUGAAGAACCAGGUGGAAGACCUAGAGCUAGCGCUCCGAGCCGCCACCAAGGCCAAGCAGGCCGCCGAGGCCGAGGCCAUGGAGGCCACGGCGGCGCUGGAGGAGGCCACGCGAGCGCGCGGGGAGGCCGCCGACCGCGCCGUGGCCGCGUCCCGCGACGCCGCAGCCGCCAGGGCACAGUUGGAUGACGCGGAGGAGGAGGCUGCUGAGCUACUCAAGAAAUACCGCGCAAGCACGGCCUCGCUCUGCGCGGCGCAGGCCGAAGCGCGCGACAUCGGCGCGAAGGCCGACGCCGUGGCCGAAGAGGCCCGACAACUGAGGGAGAAGCUGGCCGAAGUGACGUCACGACUCGCGCAGGCCGAAGCGGGACAUAGUCAUGGGCAGGCCGAGGCGGAGCGGAGACUGGAGAUGAGGAAUAAGGAACUCGAAUCCUCCCUAGAACUAGAAGCGACGGCGCGCGCACGACUCGAGGGGCAGCUGGGCCGCCUGCGCGAGGCGCACGAGGGGCUGGCCGCGGAGCUGGCGGCGGCGCGCGCCAGGGAGGCGCACGGGGCCGACGAGCUCAGGAAGAUUAACAGGCAGUUGAGAGACUACAAAGAAGAGAUCUCCUCUCUCCACGGCAAGCUAAGCGAAGCUACCCGCGCUCGCGCCUCGGCCGAGGCGGCGGCGGCGACGGCGGCGGCGGAGGCGGCGGCGGCGCGCGACGAGGCGCGUCUUGCCGCGCGACGCGUGACGGCGCUGCAGGAGGCGAUAGCCGGGGAUUUGUCGAGUCCCGGGGAUUCGAGGGAUACUGACAGUGAGAACGACAGCUACAGCUCGGACGAGUCGAUCGGCACGUUCCUCGCCAACCACAAGCUGAGCCCCUCCGCGCCCUCAAGGAACAGCGUACAGUUGGACUCACAGAAAUCUCAGAGCCCGGAAGGCCGCCAGAGCCGGUCGAGCGUCGGGUCCAACUCGAAGCCGGUGUCCCCUACCAAGGAGGCGCUGGCAUAACGCGCGGGGGGGGCCCUCGCGGCCAUCCCUUCAGCCAUUUGCGCCGCCUUCUGUGCGCGCCCGCAGCGGACCGCCUCGCCGACCGUUGUCGUUGACACGUAUUGAGGAAAAAAAGUCAAACGUCAAACUUUCCCGCCGUUUUAAACGUCAGCUGUCAAAAUGCUGUCAGGUAAAAGCGCGCGGUUCUUCCGAGGUUAAUCUGUGGAGAAUGUUUGGAUUUGUAAUUGUUUAGAGGUGAUGUAGUGAAUGUGUACGCAAAUCUAUUUAAACGCUGAAUUAAAUGUAUUCAAUAGUAAUCAGCUGCGAUAGUAAUGUUUAGCUAUCUCUCAGUAUUAACUGCUCAAUGAAAUCAAAAAUCUGUGUAACGGAAUUCCUACAAGAGGCUCAGUUUUUACAUUUUUACACACUUUUUAAUCGACUUCUGUAGAACAAGCUUUUAAUGAAUUGAUAUACAUACACUUUAAUGUCUUUUUGCAUAGAAAGAUGGCGCUAGUAGUAUCGUUUUAACAAAACCAUUCCAAAAAUACCUACAUUGCUUUCAUGAAAAGCUAAAGUACAGGCUUAGUAACAUUCUACUAGCGCCAUCUAUGGACACGCGAAAAUAGUUGCCAGUCUUAUAGAUUUUUAAUGAAUUAGAUUGUAGAUAAAAUAUAUUAUGUAUUAUUGGCACUAUUCUGUACUUUCUUUGUAAGCUGUCAUAAUUUAAUUAACUUAAUUUGCGUGUCUAGAGUGCAUAGGUUGAGACAUUUCUUAAUUUAUAAUAAAACGAAAGUAGAUAUUUGUUUAGCGAAUAUUAUUAUCAAUGAGUUUCAUCAUUGGGCUGACAAGUUUCCAGCCAGUGUAGAUGUACGAUGUGGCGACAAAAUAAUGUUUAGGUUCUUUGUUAUUUAGUUAGCUAACUUGUGUAAAUAAAUAGAUUAUGCAUAAACAUAUUAUUUAAUUUGUAAUAUUUGUGUGAUCAGACUGUUAUUCUAUGGUUUAUUUGUUACAUGUGAGUUAUAAAAUUGUUGCUUUAUGGUAGAACAUUCAAUACAUAUCUGAUAGGCGAAUAGAUGUUUUAUUACCCCCACUCUCUUUGAAUAGUUUGUUUAACUUUAUAUCUAGGUACAUUAGCGGAUAUAUUAAUACUUCUUUACCCAUUGUACUACUCAUCCAUAUAAUUAUGUAACUCUAUUAUAUCAAAAUUUCAUCUAUGUAUAACUUAAACCUUAUAAUAUUAGCUAUGUGUCUGUACCCACGAGUAUAUUGUGUAUGUGGAUGUAUGUAUGAUAAUGUGAUGUAAUAUUAUUGCAUUGACUACUGUUUUUUUUCAAAUGAAAUUAUCUAAAUAAAGUAAUUAAAGUAUAA